AUGCUCCGCUACCUCCGUCCUUCGAGAGGCCUACGGAUGGUCUGGGUCGACGCCAUAUGCAUCAACCAAGAAGACAUGCAGGAGAGAGGUAACCACAUCGCCAAGAUGGGCCAGCUCUUCACGGGAUGCUUUCAGGUCUUUCUCUGGCUCGGUGAUGACAUAGCAUUCAAGAAGCCAGGUGUUCAUCCUCCACGGCUCCCUCUCCACGAGCUCGAAAACCUGGAGGAGCUGCAACUUCCGAGCAAGACAGAGCCAGUCAACAUCCGAAGCCUUUUCGAGAGACGGUAUUUCAGCAGGGUGUGGAUCAUUCAAGAACUCAUCCUCCCGCCACGCAUCGCCAUACCCAUCGGGGAUAAGAUCUUCUGGGCUGACCCUUCCACGCCGACGCACUUUGAGCGUCUGUCGAGCCGCGACUGGCUAUGGGAGCAGACCAGAGCACCGUGGUUCCAGCAUGCAACCCGAGGCUCGGUAAUGCAGGAGAAUCUCUCCGAGUUCAUGACGCUCACCUGGAAGAGUCAGUCGUCCGACAUCCGGGACAAGGUCUAUGGAGUAAUGGGCCUCUCCUCUAUGAAGGAGGGUACCCAAAUCCGGCCUGACUAUGGAAUAUCUCUCCAACAUCUCAUAAUAGGCUUCUUCGCCCACGGCAUCAUCAGCGGAGGCGCACCCCAGCUGCUCCUCAAGGCAGCGGGUAGAUCAGCUGAAACCGGCAUACCCUCUUGGAUGCCUCACUGGAGAGGAGAUGCCUGGGAAGAGCUGUUUAGGAGCAAUGACAAAGAUAAUCCAGCCUGGGAAGACGUGGAGACUUUCCUUGUCGAGGUGAAUAGCCGCCGGAAGAGCAAAUGGACUGCAGCGGCCUGUCCGGAACACAAACAAUUCCGUCUGGUCCGGUUCCUUCCCGGGUCCUUCUUCGAGGUAGAAAGUAAAUUGCGCAAGACUGUCUUUGAUAGGAGGCCUUGGCACCAGAAUGCGACAGUGGACGCCGAUACUGGGGCCAUGUCUCUCAACCUGACGAGGCUGGUGUCGAUCAAGAAUCGUCCAGCCAAAGUUCGUGUUUUCGGCGGGGAAAGAUGGUAUAGGAUCAACCACACCAGGGAGUUUCCUUGUGAGGACGUCAUCUUCGCCAUGAGUCGAAGCAAGCUGGACGAGGUAGUCGAAGCUGGGGAUGAAAUCUUUCUCCUCGACACCAAUGUUAGGGCGCCCAUCUAUAUGAUCCUGCGCAAGACGGGCAAUCCUAGAGAGUUCCAUCUGAUAGCUGCCUGCCCUCAUCUGGCCUGCUUGCUCGUGACAAGAUCCGCCAAGUCCGUCAAUCCCGUCAAGCCCGUCAGUUCUGAACCACUCCCUCUAGGCGAUCUCCAGGACAGCCUGCACAAAGACCUCACGAUUCUGCGCAUUUUCUACGACCACGAAGUAUCUGGCAGUGUGGAUAAUGAAUACCAGGGCAUCCGAAAGCGGCUUCUCUUCCCAGGGAGGCGCGGACCGGUCACGUUCAAAGAAGUGCUGCCUCUCCUGUUGGGAAUUGUAAGAGACGAGCGCAAGCAAAAGUUCAAGUCGUGGAGGGGUUUCCAGGAGUUAUAUUUGGAAUCGAUCGACCCCAAGUUCCAGCCGCGCGUAUCCAACGGCUUUUGUGAACUGUCCCCCGACGCAGAGGACAAGGAGGAGAUUGUUAACCUCCUAGACUGCCACGCGUAUGGGGUCAAGAUGAAAGGCUGGUCCAAGGGGACAGACAAGGAGGGCACUGGCAGAGUUGUGAUCCGGUGUUGA